AUGGUGAUAGAAGAUAAAACAAUGGGUGACGAUAAAGCCGCGGAAGAUAAAUACAACGUUGAAGCCGCAGACAUUCUAGCCAACGAGGCGCAGCGUUUGCCUAUUACGGAGGCUGUGCCGGUAUACGAGCAACUUCUGGCACUGUUUCCAACAGCUGCAAAAUAUUGGAAGCAGUAUGUUGAGGCACACAUGGCUGUUAGUAAUGAUGAUGCUACCAAACAGAUAUUUAGCCGUUGUUUAUUAAACUGUCUUCAAAUACCUCUCUGGCGGUGCUACAUUCGUUUCAUCAGAAAGGUCAAUGAGAAGAAGGGGGUAGAGGGUCAAGAAGAGACUAGAAAAGCUUUUGAUUUUAUGCUCAGCUAUGUUGGAGCAGACAUAGCAUCUGGGCCUGUCUGGAUGGAAUACAUCACCUUCUUAAAGUCGUUGCCGGCUCAAAACACUCAGGAAGAGUCACAAAGGAUGACUGCUGUUAGGAAAGUAUACCAAAAAGCUAUUCUUAAUCCUACUCAUCACAUUGAACAACUUUGGAAGGACUAUGAGAACUUUGAAAAUUCUGUUAGCCGUCAACUGGCAAAAGGACUGUUAUCAGAGUAUCAACCGAAAUACAACAGUGCCAGGGCUGUCUACAGAGAGCGGAAGAAAUAUGUUGAUGAAAUUGAUUGGAAUAUGCUUGCCGUACCACCAUCGGGCUCUUACAAGGAAGAAAUGCAAUGGAUGGCAUGGAAACGGUUGUUAGCUUUCGAGACAGGAAACCCACAAAGGAUAGACAGUGCAUCCUCCAACAAGCGAAUUACAUUCACAUAUGAACAGUGUCUGAUGUAUAUGUACCAUUAUCCUGAUAUAUGGUAUGACUAUGCUACAUGGCAUGCAAAAAGUGGUUCGGUAGAUGCUGCAGUCAAAGUAUUUCAGCGAGCUUUGAAGGCUCUUCCUGACUCAGAAAUGCUAAGGUAUGCAUAUGCGGAGGUGGAGGAAUCUCGUGGAGAAAUUCAGUCUGCAAAGAAAAUAUAUGAGAGCCUGUUAGGGGAUGGUGUUAACGCAACAACACUUUCGCAUAUACAAUUUAUUCGCUUUCUAAGAAGGACUGAGGGUGUUGAAGCAGCUCGCAAUCACUUUUUAGAUGCUCGAAAAUCCCCAAACUGCACGUACCAUGUUUAUGUGGCUUAUGCAAUGAUGGCCUUUUGUCUUGACAAGGAUCGAGAGGUUGCACAUAAAGUUUUUGAAGUGGGAUUGAAACGGUUUAUGCAUGAACCUGUAUACAUUCUUGAAUAUGCAGACUUUUUGACGCGCUUGAAUGAUGAUAGAAAUAUCCGUGCCUUAUUUGAGCGGGCAUUGAGUUCACUGCCACCAGAAGAAUCUGUUGAGGUCUGGAAACGGUUCACCCAUUUUGAGCAAACUUAUGGAGAUCUGGCUAGCAUGUUGAAGGUUGAACAGAGAAGAAAAGAAGCUCUUUCUAGAACAGGGGAAGAGGGAGUAUCAGCAUUAGAGGGAUCAUUGCAAGAUGUUGUAUCACGUUAUAGUUUUAUGGAUCUUUGGCCUUGCUCUUCUAAGGAUUUGGAUCAUUUGGCACGGCAAGAGUGGUUUGUUAAAAAUAUCAACAAGAAAGAGGAGAAGUUGGCUCUGCCUAAUGGCCCUGGCUCUACAGAUAAGGUUUCUACAGGCUUGAUAAGCAAUUCAACCGUGUCUGCAAAGGUUGUUUAUCCUGAUACUUCUAAGAUGAUGAUUUAUGACCCAAGGCAAAAAUCUGGGAUGGAAAUUCUUCCAAGUGCUACAGCAUCUGGAGUUUCUGCUGCAUUUAGCAACAUAUCAAAUCCAACUGUUGCAAUAGUGGGUGAUGGAACAACCAAUGCGUUUGAUGAAUUACUGAAAGCAACACCACCUGCAUUGGUAGCAUUUUUAGCAAGCUUGCCUGCUGUUGAGGGUCCAACACCAGAUGUGGAUGUUGUAUUAUCAAUUUGCUUGCAGAGUGAUAUACCAGCAGGGCAGACUGGCAAAUCAGGGACUUACCCAAUGCAACUGUCAGGAGGUCCUGCUCCUAGUACAAGUGACCUCUCUGGUUCAAGCAAGGCCCAUCCCAUCCCGAGUGCUUCAUCUUUCAAACCAACCAGGGACAGACAAUCUGGGAAAAGGAAAGAUCUAGACAGGCAAGAAGAUGAUGAAACUGCCACCGUCCAAAGCCAGCCACUACCAAGAGAUGCUUUCAGGAUACGACAGAUCCAGAAAGCUCGAGUAAGUACUGUUUCAAAAGCUAGGGGUGCCACUUCACAAACAGGAUCUGCUUCAUAUGGAAGUGCUCUUUCUGGAGAUUUAUCUGGUAGCACUGGCUAAUGUUUUUUCCCCCCCCUUUUUUUUUCUUCCUUUUUUUUUUUUUUUUUUUCAUAUAUCUCUUUUCUUUCUUAAGCUUAUGCAAAGUUAUUUUUGUAUUUACUAAAGUAAGCUAAUUUUUCCUUCUUACUCGCAUGUUUUAAAUAUAGUGAAUUGAAUAAUUAUUUUGAGACAAAUUUCUUUGACAAGGAAAGAUAUUGAAAAGAA